AAGAGAGAGGAAGAAAAAGGAGAAGAUUCCAUUGACACCGAAUGCAGCGAACUAGGAAACAUGGAUCUGAAAUUCAACUCCUCAAGGAAAUAUGUUUCGAUCAGCGUACCUUCCAAAUCGCAAGCCAUGUCACCUCAUAUCAAAUCAUUAGAUGACAUAAUUGUUCUCGGCGUGAAUCUCAGCAAAUUUAACAAACCCACUCAGUUUUUUAUUUGUGUUUCUGGAGUUUUUAUGUUUUAUCUAAUCUAUGGAUAUUUACAGGAACUGAUAUUUUCAGUGGAGGGUUUUAAGCCCUUUGGUUGGUACCUUACUUUAGUGCAAUUUGGGUUUUAUUCCAUUUUUGGACUAAUAGAACUGCAGCUUAUUCAGGAUAAAAGGAGACGAAUCCCAGGCAAAACCUACAUGAUAAUAGCCUUUCUAACUGUAGGGACUAUGGGUUUAUCAAAUACCUCCUUAGGAUAUCUGAAUUAUCCUACUCAAGUCAUCUUUAAGUGCUGUAAACUGAUUCCUGUUAUGAUAGGAGGAGUCUUUAUACAAGGAAAACGUUAUAAUAUUGCAGAUGUGUCUGCUGCAAUGUGUAUGAGUCUUGGCCUAAUAUGGUUUACUUUAGCUGACAGCACAAUCGCACCAAAUUUCAACUUGACAGGUGUGGUCCUUAUAUCCCUUGCUCUCUGUGCAGAUGCAGUUAUAGGAAAUGUGCAGGAAAAAGCUAUGAAGUUACACAAUGGUUCCAAUUCAGAAAUGGUUCUGUAUUCCUAUUCAAUAGGUUUUGUGUACAUUUUAUUGGGAUUGACAUGCACUAGCGGAUUAAGCCCUGCAGUAACAUUUUGUUCAAAGCAUCCAGUUCAGACUUAUGGUUAUGCAUUCUUUUUUUCCCUGACUGGAUAUUUUGGAAUAUCCUUUGUUCUAGCGUUGAUUAAAAUCUUCGGUGCCCUUCUAGCUGUAACAGUAACAACAGGAAGAAAAGCAAUGACCAUUGUGCUUUCUUUUUUGUUCUUUGCAAAGCCAUUCACAUUCCAGUACGUGUGGUCAGGUUUAUUAGUUGUCCUGGGUAUAUUUCUGAAUGUUUACAGUAAGAAUAUGGAUAAAAUCAAGCUGCCUUCGCUACGAGGUCUUUGGAACAAAACUGUGGAAGAAAGAAAGACACGGACGUUGUCACAAACUGUGUAGACAAUGGUUUUAUGCCAUGUCUUGAAUCUGACUUAUUUUAUUGGAACAGUCUUCAACUGGUUCACUUUCCACAGGGAACAUUAUUAAAACCAAAGGAGCUGAAGGCUUAUUGUCUGCUUGCAGAUGAUUUGACAUGAACAGUUUUAUGUGAGCCUUCUCUUCAGAGCACUUGAAUUCGUCAUAGGUGUUAUAUACCAUUGUCAGAAGGCAUUAUCAAGCCAAUGAAGGAAAGCAACUCCUGGCAGACUGCUGAAAAACUAUGCUCCAAAUGGGGGACAGUAGAAUAUUAAUUUGGGCAUUUUUAUCAUAUCAGAUAUGGCUGAUUUGAGAUGAGUGGUUUUGUUUUUAUUGUUGGGAUUAUUUAAAAGUAAUACUGUAUUAACACUUAAUGGAAGCUAAUCAGCUACUGAUUGACCAAAUUGAAAUUUUAAAGUUGGAAGAGGUAGAAUACGGUAUGUCAUGAUUUUUCAUUUUAAAUAAAAAU